AUGUACCGUGAAGGAGCCCCUCCUUUAACCGCCAAAGCUGACACAGGGGGUCAGCUCUUCCGCAAGUUCAGGACUUUCAAGCCGGAUGAGAAGCCAUGGGCAAAAUACGGCAGAGUAAACGAUUGGAACGUCGAUUUGGUCCCAAAGCUCCUCAUGUCCAAUGGAGAGUUGACCAACAUCCUCGUCUCGACCGAAGUUACCAAAUAUCUUGACUUCAGACAGAUUGCUGGCAGCUACGUCCAACAGGGAGAUGGACCGAAGGCCACUGUUGCUAAGGUCCCCUCAGAUGCUGGCGAAGCUCUCCGAUCCUCUCUUAUGGGAAUGUUCGAGAAACGACGUGCAAAGAAGUUCCUCGAGUGGGUAGGAGAAUUCAAUGAGCAAAACCCAUCCACCCACCAGGGGCUCAACAUGGCCACUUGCACCAUGAAGGAUGUAUACGACAAGUUCUCGCUCGAGACUACCACCCGCGACUUUGUCGGACACUCCAUGGCUUUGUACCAGUCUGACGAUUACAUCUCCGAAUCUGGGAAGGCUGCUGAGACCAUCAACCGUAUUCGAUUGUAUGUCAACUCCAUGGCUCGAUACGGAAAGUCUCCCUACAUCUACCCGCUUUACGGACUGGGAGAGCUCCCUCAGGGCUUUGCUCGUUUGUCAGCCAUCCACGGUGGAACUUACAUGUUGAACGCAAACGUCGACGAAGUCUUGUAUGAGAAUGGUAAGGUGUCUGGCAUCAAGGCUACUAUGAAGGAGCGAGGCGAGCCCGGUGAGGGAUUCUCCUUCACCACCAAGACCAAGAAGAUCAUUGCCGACCCUUCAUACUUCCCUCAGAAGACCAAGGUUGUUGGUCAUUUGUUGAAAGCGAUCUGCAUCUUGAACCACCCCAUCGAUAAGACGGACGACAGCGACUCUCUUCAACUCAUCAUUCCUCAAUCCCAAGUUGGAAGAAAGCACGCUAAUCUCUCUGUUUUCCUUUUUCUUUAUCAAGAUAUCUAUAUCGCCAUGGUUUCGUCUGCCCACAACGUCUGCCCCAAGGGUUAUUAUAUUGCCAUUGUCUCUACUAUCGCUGAAGGCGAAGCAAACCACCACCUCGAGCUCAAGCCAGGUCUUGACCGCCUGGGCAAGAUUGAGGAGAUGUUCAUGGGUCCUCCCAUCCCACUCUACGAGCCACUUGAGGAUGGCAAGAGCGAUAACAUUUACAUCUCGAAGAGCUACGAUUCGACAAGCCACUUCGAAACCACGACUGACGACGUUCGGGACAUCUACGAACGGUGUGAGGGUCAUAAGUUGGUCGUCGAAGGCCUCAAAGAGGGAGAAACUCUUGUUGGUGAGGAUCAGUAA